AUGGACUCCUUUGCUACCAACACCGCUGUGUUCGACAGCUGGCUUCAUAGACAUUACGACUAUAUUAGCGAUGACAUUGCAAUUGCAGAUCUGAGAGAUUCGCACGAAGGACGCGGCUUACUAGCACGCAAUGACAUCCAGAAAGACACCGUUCUGUUCCGUCUGUCUAGAGAUCAUAUACUGAAUAUUCGCACAGCGGCUCUUGGCAAGCUCAAACCGGGAAAUCAGGAAGUCCUUGAGACUCUGAACCAAUGGGAGGCUCUGAUUUUGUGUCUGGCGUACGAGAUGAUGCUAGGAGAGGAGUCCCAGUGGAGCUCGUACUUGGCAGUUCUGCCUGAAAAAUUCAACUCCUUAAUGUUUUGGUCGUCCGAGGAGCUUGAAAAACUGAAGCCAUCCAACGUUUUGCAGAGAAUUGGGCGCGAACAGGCCGAACAGAUGCAUUCCAAGCUUGUGCCUGAAUACUGCCUCCGUCUAGGUAGCAAGAAAUUGGUGGAGUAUUUGACUAUAGACCGGUUCCAUAAGGUUGCAAGCAUAAUCAUGAGUUACUCGUUUGAUGUUGACGAUCCUGAGGACGAUCCUGAGGACGAUCCUGAGGACAGUGAGGAUCAAGAGGAAGAAGUUGACGAGUUAGAGCAGGAAUGCAUCAAAUAUGAUGGGUAUUUGAAGUCCAUGGUUCCUCUUGCAGAUAUUCUCAACUCAAAUACUAAUUUGGUGAAUGCGAAUUUGAGCUACGAAAAUGACGCGCUAGUUAUGACUGCUACUAAGGACAUCAAAAAAGGAGAGCAGAUUUAUAACAUUUAUGGUGAGCUGCCGAACUCUGAGAUUCUGCGAAAAUACGGAUAUGUGGAGCUUCCUGCUUCCAAGUACGAUUUUGCUGAGCUGCCUGUGUCAGUCAUCAAACAGACGUUUGUGGACAACUAUCUCUCGUCGUUGGACAGCAAAAUCCGAGAAACACUCUUCGACAAGACUGCCGAGCUGAUCAACGAUUCCGAUUACUUAGACGAAAGCUUGGAAGACCUGGAAGAGGGUAUUGUUUUGGAUUCGUACGAGGUUUUUGCCGAUGCAGACGUGCUGCCAGAGCUCUUGCUAUUAAUUCAGAUCCUGACGACCUGCUAUGAAAGUUUUGAGACAGACCCAAAAUGGGCCAAGAAACUUGCGAGAUCGCGGUCCGAGCUGGAAUCCUUUGUCAACAGAUGCAUUCUGAAAUCGUACCAGCUUGUGGAGAAAAACAUAAUCACCAACAGAUGUGUCGAGAAUCUCAAUAAAUGCGUCGAGGGACGCAUAGCCCAGUACGGCACCGCCCAGAAUUAUGAGAUUCCGGCCAGCUAUAGAGACUUCGACCGCACAGAGCUUGCAUCCAUCGUUCUGAGAUGCGAAGUGAACUGUUUGCGCAAUGUGCUGAACAACUUCUCAGAAAAGUAUGAGCGCAUUGACGACUCGAAACUGCUGAAAAACGUGCUCAAGCGCAAGGCCGAGGCAGACGCACAAAAACACAAGAAGCAAAGAACCUAAUCCUCUGUCGGGUCGCUAGCGGCGUGGCGCUGCGCUGUCUCCGACACUAUACUCGAGCGGCUGGACGUGUUUGUGCGCUGUGCCAGCAUUCUCAUUCGCGGCCGUGGCCGCAUGACCUCAAAACCCUUGGAGCCGCCUUUCUUCUCGACUCCUUUGCCUUCUUUCUUCUCGAACUCGACCGAUACAGCGCGAUGCAGCUUUCUUUCUCGUUCCUGCCAGAGUUUCAUCACUUCUGGAUCAGGUUCAAGGUCCUUAAACGAGUUAUAAUAUAGAUCUGCCUCUCUGAAAGCCAAGUCUGAUUUGUGCGUAUGUUUCAUAGACGGGCCCGUUGUCACGGCAGGUACCACACGGUGGUCAGUGAGCUCCAGAGUUUUGGAGUUGACCGACGGCGUUCCUGAUGAGGUUCUUAAUAGCGCGGGCGUCUCAAACGUCCAAUUGUUGAAGGACUCGUCAAAGGACGCCAGGCUGUGGUUGUCCGGCAGCACUGGGACCUCGAUAGGAUUGCCGUGCUCGAUGUAGUCCGGAAUUUCGGUACCCUUCUUUCCGUUUCUGUACUUGAUAUACAUCUUGAAGGUGGUGUAGAAGUUGUAGAGCGUGGGGACCAAAAACACCAGCACCAGAGUCACAAGCUCGAUGACCAAAAUUGACCAUACAACUCUGGUCCUGGCUUUUUCGCUCCCAUUUAGUCCGUCAAUGAAUGCAAUGUGCAGAAACGCAAUUAUAAGCUUGACAACGGCCAGAGAAAUCUUGGUCCUGUUUGUUCCCGUGCUUGGGUAGUAAGGCUCCCAGAACAACAUGACACACAGAAGGACCAAUUCCGAGCAUAUGAUCACAAUAAGCUGGACAACUCCGCUGAAUUGCAGAGCGCCAACUGCAAAACUGAAGACAAAGUGUUCAAGGAAAGUGACGGCAACAAACCACAGAGCAGAGGUUUUCAAAUGCACAUAGGCCCAUUGCCAUAUCAGAAUCACGUUGAUCGAUUUGUAGAGCUUGUCGCGUCCGCGUUUAAUUAGAAUGAAUCGCACCACGUAGUAUAUCUGGAGCAGGAAGUAGAGGGCCAGAAGAAGCGAGGCGGUGGCAGUCACCCAAUGCGGAUUGCUCUCGAUCUCUGGCUGUCCAUAAAGAUGUGUGUGGGGAACACUAAGCACGAAAAAUGAGUAUAUGAGAGAUGGCGUGGCGAUGUAGCCAAUGAAGGCGGAAAGUAUGUUUCCAAUGACAGUCAAAAACGAGAGUCUUAUGUAGCGCGCAAAGUUUGGGCGGGUGUCUUUAGGUUUGAGCAAAAGCACCAGCGAGCAGAUUCCCAGGUCGAUAACGCAGGCAAUGGCGAUGUAGAUAACGGCGGUAAUCAGGAAUGACGACCAUAUCACUGGCAGACCGUCUUUGCCGAAGCCGGAGCCCAGUAGUCGCUUCAGGCCGCCCAUCCACAACGACUCAUACACCCCGUCGACGCCCAUGGCGGCGUGGUUGUGCAGCAGGUCCAUAACGCCAGCCCAGCGCUGCGAGGCCAUUAGGGGCUGGAAGAAACCUGGGUAUUCGAGAUUGAGGCCCGCCAUGAAGUGAAUAAACUGAAUGUACACCAGGUAAUCAGCGUAGCCGGGAGACAGCUGGUUGAGCAGCGGCGCGUUGCAGAUGGACGCUGCCUUGUACAAGAACGGGUUUUGCGUGUCAAUGUACGGCGAAAGCUGGUAUCCAAGGAUGUUCGAAAGAAGAAUCAGCGAGAGCAGCAGCGCCGUGAAUACCACCAUAAAGUUCUGCAGUGAGCGUUUCUGGACAGUGCUGAAUGUGGCCAAAGAACAGCCAAUCACCGUGUGGUUGGCGUCCGAGUUGAUGACCGUCACGUCCAAACUAUACGUUCCAAAGGGUGAGUGGUGACCGAUGUAGAGCGACAGGUCCACCGCAACCUCGUCUCCGUCAUAUAUCGGACACGAGUCGUCGAACGACCCCGAACGGUCCAGCAGUUGCGGAACGUCUCUUUUCUGUAUCAUAUCGGAGAUCUGUGGAAUGUCCGUCGAAUGGUCUACCAACGAACGGUGGUGGGUAGAGGUGGAAGACUCUUGCGAGGUGGUCGUGCUAACAGGCACAUCUCCGUCCGCACGAAGCACCCUGGAGUAAUUGCAUAGUCUCAAAUAUUCGUCAAGUAUCACGUCGCCCACGUAUUUGAGCCGGACAUGGAGUGUUGUGUAGGUGUUUGUGGUUUCGUUCACGUCCACUAUAUACCCCAUGGAGUCCAUGACGAGGUUCAUGUCCAAGCGUCCGUCAUCGUCGUUGUAGGACACAUUGGUGAAGAAGGGGGAGAGAAGAGCGUCAUCCAUAUUCUUGGACGGAUAACAGCUCCUGACGUUCAAUAAAGCACUCCUGG